UUCUUUCAGGAAUGCAAUAAUAUUGCAUGUGCCUUUUUUUAUAUAAUCUCUCCAGGAUUAAUCUUCUCCAUAAGUACAGUCAGUGUGGAACAUGUUACAUUCGAGAAAACUGGGAGUGGUUGCCCAGAAUUUCCCAAAAUAUGAGGUUGAUAAGUGAAACAUCCUGCCCACAGUCCUUGCUCAGCCUCAGAAUAUGCCUCUUAUGAUAACAUAUAGCAUUUCAAUCUAUAGGACAUCAUCAAUAAACCUUCAGGAAUGCCCCACAAAACUAUGUGCACAGUGUGAGUACCUUACAAAGGAGCUGAAGUUGGCCAAGAAUGAGGAUAAGAUGUCUAUUCACCAGGAGCAAUUGGAAUGUGGUAGGGAGUGUCUAACUGCUGGCAGGAAUGCUGUGCAGGCUACAGAAACAGAGUCACAAAGCACAGAGAUAGAAGAAAAAGACCAGCAAUCAAAGAAGAUCAUUUCAAAGAUCAAUCAAGAUACACAAGAAAAUGCAAGAAUAUGGAAAGAGUCAAAGGAUUCAGUUGAAGGAUUACAACAGCAAAGUGCAGAUCUGACAAAAAACCACAAUAACAUAAACCUGCAAUUUGAAAAGUUAUUGGAGGAAAUAGAAGGUUUUGUGAAGCUCAGUCUAAAGCUGGAGAAUGAAAGAAAUCAAACAGUUUGCAAACUAAAAAUGCAGACAACAGAAGUAAAGAACCUUGAGAUGUCAAGUGAAUACAACAGAAAAUUACUGCUACAUCUUCUGAGAAAGAACAUUUAUCUCAGGCAUGACAACCAGUUAAAGGUCAACCAGCUCACAGUAUUGAUCAUUGAACUACACCAUCUGAGGAAAACUUAUCAGGCACUCUCUCAAAAUGUGGACUAUCCUGAGGACAAUUCAUCAGCUGAUUGGAUAAACAGGCUACGAAUAAUUAAGAACACAGUUGAAAAGUUUAAAACUCAGCAGAUGAAGCUGAAGCUGUUGGAAGAGGAGAACAAGCUGUUAGCACAAAAAUCAGGCUGUGAAUCAUUGCAAAACAUGGAAGCUAAAGUACUCGCAUUACAGAAGGACAUUUUAAAGUUGACAGAUUUGGAUGCACAGACAAGACUGCAGCAGGAUCACCACAAAAUCCUUUUGACAGAUAAGGCAGUCUUGGGUUUACAUUCAGAAACAAUGGGAAGACUUGCAGGUUGUAAGAAACAGGCAAUGUUACGGGAAAAGGGAGAACAAGCAGAAGCUGAAGUGAAGCUGAAAAGUCUUUACCCGUUUUCUGUGCAGAAAAUGGCUACUGAAGAUGUGUAAUAAACUAUCUCUCAAAUGCUACCUUUGCCAAUACUGUACUUUAAUUGCUAUCUCAUUGAAUUAUGCAAAGUUCAUAUAUUUUUCAAACUCCACAUCAUAUUGUGAACAUUAAGGAGGAAUUGGUUAAUAUGCUGCCAUUUCUCUUUAGAUGGUUGAUCCAGCAAAAAAAAAUCACAUUCUGCUGACUGUAAUGGAUUUGCAUGAAAUCAGUUAAAGUUUCUUAAUUAGUGGGUAAAAAACACAACACAAAACCAAAGGAACUCUGUUCACAUUGAAUAAUCAUAGGCAAGGCUGUAGAAAUGUGAUAGGGGGCAAAUAGUGAUCAGUGACGAUCAGUGACCCAGGAAUACGUCCCCGCUACCCACUACCCUCCUCCCCCAUGACCUGCUGUACAUUCAGAAUGGGGAAUGUGUGGUAGGUACGAGUGUUGCCCAGGAUCAGUGAGGAACCCCACUCUUGUAAGGUAGACUUCAAGACCUGUUGUUGGGAUCAAGUAGAGAGCAUUUAUAACUGUCCUGGAAUAUCUGAUGCUAAUUGCAUUUAUCUUGAUUAUUGAAUAAUCGGACCAAAAUAGAAUCAUCAUUCCUAAGGACCAUAACCCCACUACCAAAUGUCAACUGUUGUUUCCAAGACUGUCACCGGUGACCUCAUCUCCUCCAGAGAUCUUCCUCCAUGGCUUCCAACCUCACGGUCCCUCAACACCAAACAGCUGACCUCUACCUCCUUCCCAACAUCUGUGACUCUAUGACUCUGUAACAUCCACAAAACUGGACAGCCCUGGUAAGCUUCUUGUUUCAGUCUGUUCUUGCUCCAUGGAAUUGAUUUGUUCCUAUCUCAACUCUAAUUUAUUUCUCUUUGUCCACUAUCUGCCUCUCUAAAUUUGUGACUUCUCUGACACCCUCUUUUACAUUAAGUUUUCAGUUCCUGGCCCAAUCAUUUAAUGCUUGUCAUGGAGAUCUAAUGCUGCUACUGCUCCAUACUGGAGCCAGGUGGCUGAGGGUUGUCGCUUCUUCCUAGUAUGGAGAACCAAGCAGGCCUCAACAUCCAAGCCUACGCACCACCCCCAACUCACACCCCCAACCCCUGCUCCUCCAACCUUCCCAGGCUAAACUUGGUUCCCAUCAGACAACUCCCCUGACUCUAUUUGCUUCAAAAUUACAUGUGUAGCCCUAGGAACCACACCUAAAUAUGCCUGCAACUUCAUGGCAUUUGUAGAACAAUCAUUGUUGUGGUCCUACUCAGUCGAAGAUGGGAGAUAAGCAGCACGGUUGUGGGGUUGGAGAGACUACAGAGAUAUCAAUAGGCCGUGCCAUGGAGACAUUUGAUGAAAAGUUUACAAUUUUAAAACGUGGGACCCGUUGUAGGUCAGUGGGGGGCAAGUAUACUGGGAGAAUGGGACAUCGCAUGAGUUCAGACACAAGCAUUAGAGUUUUGGAUGACAUCGGGUUUAUGGAGAAUGGGAGCGGCCAGUGAAGAAUAAUUGGAAUUGUCAAGUCUAAUGGUUAAAAAAAGGCAAUGAUAAGAUUUUCAACAGCAGGGGCAGAGUUGGGCAGUGUUAUGGAGAUGGAAAUAGAUCAUCAUUGUGAGGGUGCAGAUAUAUUUUUGGAAAUUUACCUCAGGAUCAAAAAUGUCACCCAGGUUCCGAUCAGUCUGGUGUACCUUGAUACAGUGAAUUAGUGAAUUGUCAAAAAGUAUUUCCAAUGGAUUGUAAGUGAAUAAUAAGGGAUUAUCAAUUUUACAUUGUCACAAGAGGAGAGGGAGAAUAAAAUAAGCUUAUUUACAGAGAGAAAAAAAAAUUGAAUGGAAUGUUUAAUCAAAAGUAAUGGUUCAGGCAGACUCCAUUUGGCAACUUUGAAUAGAAAAUCGGUUGGAUGUUUGAUUACGGAAAGGGAAUGCUUUUGGAUUGCUGUAGUAAAGGGCCAUUACAGACAUAAUGGAUAAAGUGGUUAACAAUUUGUUGUGAUUCACGGGUAAGGCAGUCUUGGGUCUGAGUUCUAAAGAAAUAGUAAGACUCCCAGCCUGGGGGAAAAUGGACAACAUUACAGAAAAAUAUGGGAACAAACACUGCAAAAGCUGCUAUGAAAUUAAAAAGGUUUUAUCAAUUUACCGUUGUCAAAAUGAUGAUUGGAGUCAUACAGUUGUCAAUAAGAUGCAACAUUUGCCAAUACUGCUACAGCAGCAUGAUGGUUCAGAGGUUAGCACUGCUGCCUCACAGUGCCAGGGAUGUAGGUUUGAUUCUAGUCUUGGGUGACUGCCUAUGUGGAGUUUGCAUGUUCUCCCCAUGU